AUGUUUCCUGAGCCGCCAUUCACGUCUGCAGAGGAAUUAAACAAAGAGCCCAAUCCGCAGCCCACUCUGGGCUCACACCCACAAAACAACGCCUGCAAAACGCCGACCAUAAUCGGUCAUGUAGGAGGGUUUCCGUCGGUCGCACUUCGACAGCAAGACGUGGAGCAUUUUCUCCUCCAAGAACUAGAGACUCCGGUCCUGGAUGAACUGUACGACAGGCUCUGGCUAGUUGCUCGAAAAUCAGGCCUCCACAUCGAUGCUCUGCAUGCACAGAAGCUGAAAGGCCGCGAUAUUCUUGUCAGCGAGGACCCAAGCCUCCAUCUCGUUUGGCGACAUAACCAAAUAUAUAUCAAGCCAAUUCCCGUCUGCCUACUGAACCACCGCUUCUGGGAGUUGUAUCUAUGUCGAUCCAGUCAAAAAGACACAGACUCCGAAUCGCAAUCGCGUUCGCCGGUUCUUGGAUUCGACGCAACUGCGGUAGCAGCUGGCUUUCUACGGUCGUACGCUUUGCUGGUGAGGCACCCUUCAGAUUUCCUACUGGCCCAGGAACUGCACUUGAUACCGGCGAAGGUGGAAUGGGGUGACUGGGCACGGUUUGCGCAUCGAUUCCAGAUAUUGAGUGACGAACAGGUGGCGAAGCGGUACCAUUACGGGCAGAUCCGGCUGUCACGUCUGAACUGGGCUGUGCGUAUUUUCCGUCCACGACAAGGCUGGAGCUGGUUCUAUAGUGCGCCUCAUUGGUCGAUCACCGAAUACCUCGCAUCAGCCACCAUCCCUCUGCUGUUCGUCUUUGCCAGCUUGUCGGUCAUGCUUUCGGCUAUACAGGUUACCCUGACUGUGCCGUCUGAUACUGGGUUCCUGCACGAUCAGGAUCUUUCGCGGAUGAACCUCGUCUUUUGGAUCUUCUCUAUCAUUGUUAUUUCGGCAUCGGCGGCUAUCUGGCUCUUUCUAUUGGGUGCUCCGAUUUUUGCUCUGGGCUGGCAGUUAUGGUGGGGGUUUCGCAACCGUGGGGCCACUUUACACUCAUCCGAAGCCUAG